CUCCUGGCCCACCUGAGAGGCCCCCGCAGUAGUCAUCAAGCAAACUGCGCUAGGGGCAACGCGAUAACCCCGUCUAUACUACACCCGAGCGCAUCUCCUCAUAGCAUCAAAAAGGGCCCCUUUCAAUCAGCUACACCCAGCUACCUCUGAGCGCAUCAGCGCACACACAACUAGCCCCUCCGAAAGAGGGCGCGCAUCUUAUACACACCUCUUUAACAACACGUCAUGAGUGCCGCCGAAGCAGGCCCCGAUAAGACGCCACUUGCGCACUACAAAAUUGGCCGCGAAAUAGGCGCCGGCUCGUUUGCUAAAGUCUAUCUGGGAUCCAUCAACGCGCGCCCUAAUGCAGCUGUUGCUAUCAAGUCGGUCCUGCGCUCCAAGCUGACCAAAAAACUACUGGAGAACCUCGAGAGUGAAAUCAGCAUAUUGAAGGGCAUCAAACAUCGCCAUAUCGUGCAACUCCUCGACAUCACCGAUACAGGCUCCUACAUACAUCUGGUGAUGGAAUAUUGCCCACUCGGUGACCUCUCCUACUUCAUCAAGAAGCGCGACAAACUCAGCCAGGAAAAUCAAGCGCCACUCUUGCGCGACAUUGCUCGUCGCUACCCAAAUACACUCGGUGCAGGCCUGCAUGACUCGCUCGUCCGUCAUUUCUUGAAACAACUUGCUAGUGCGCUUGAAUUUCUGCGCUCAAAGAAUCUCAUGCAUCGUGAUGUCAAGCCUCAAAACUUGCUGCUCAAACCACCUUUGCUGGAGGCGUCGCCACAGAGUAUUAUUGGCUUACCUGACUUGCCAGUGCUGAAGUUGGCUGAUUUUGGAUUUGCGCGAUACCUGCAAACAGCGUCGAUGGCAGAGACGUUGUGUGGCAGUCCGCUGUAUAUGGCACCUGAGAUUUUGCGCUAUGAGAAGUAUGAUGCCACUGCUGAUCUAUGGUCAGUGGGCACAGUACUGUAUGAGAUGCUGGUUGGCAAGCCGCCCUUUCGAGCACAAAACCAUGUUGAGCUACUCCGUAAGAUUGACAAGAAUGACGAUGUCAUCAAGUUUCCCUCGGAAGUGCCCUUGGAUGCCGGCAUCCAAGAGCUCAUUCGUGCACUGCUCAAGCGUAAUCCACGACAGCGCAUGACAUUCGAGGCAUUCUUCACACAUCCUGUUGUUUGUGAACCAAUGAUCCCCAUACAAGCUUACAGUAUCCACGUCGAAGGUGGUCGAGACUCAUCUGCUGCUUCAGAGCGCUCACAACCACUCCUCAUGCCAACACGACAACCUCGACAAGAUGGCACGCAUAUCUCAAUCCCAUCACCAGCAUUCAUUACAGAUCUGAUACCUGUCAAUACGCCACCGGUUGAGUCUAUAGGUAUGCAACCACUUACUGUGACCAAACGCCCAGAAGACCAAGCAAUCGGAGAACAACGACCCGAUCCGUCGCCUCGUUCUGCAUUUGCACGUCGUGAAAGUCAUUCUGCAAAUGGUGCAAAUCUCCCACGAUCUCUUGGCCAACGCGCAGCGUCACCGCUCGAACGACGUAUUUCACAACGCGGACAAACGGAUGUUGUUGUGCCUGUUGGUUCGCGCAGAUCCUCACACUCAAGUGAUCAAGAACGCGCACGUCACGUUGCUGCUGCAUCGUCUUGGAAACAACCACAGGGUCCAAGCUACGGUAGCAGCUAUGGAAGUCAACUUGAACGCGAAAGACAGGGAUAUACAGCUGGUGGUGGGUAUAGUCAUUCACCCAGUGAAGCGGAAACGGAGUAUGUUGUGAUUGAGAAGAAAUCCGUUGAAGUGAAUGCCAUGGCGGAUGCGCUUGCAUAUGGUCAACAACAACAUCAACAAGGUUUACGUCGGAUGUAUAGUCAUUCUCCUCGGCAACACCAACAGCCGGUCCAUCGAUCUCCAUCGAGUUCAUCGUCACAUAGUUUGUCGGCGAUGCAAGUACAGCAACAAGCGAAUCAUGCGACUGUUCAAGCAUUAGCCAUUGCAGAAAGGCGUCUCGGAUCAUCCCCAACGAGUGCCAUUACAAAAGCACUGAGUAUUGCUGGACAACGUCUUUUUGGUGGCGGUAGUCCUCCUGCAUGGCUAGAAACGAUGGUGCAUCAUGGAAGACGAUUACCGUACGCUGGUAGCAAAGCUGGUGGCUAUGCACAAUCAUUGAUGCGUCAAGGAGCGACGUUGUAUCGUGGUGAUCAACUUGGCCUGUGGCAUGGUUCUGAUGAAGCGUUGUCGGGCGAGGAAGAGAAAGUGCUACAGGAAAUUCAAGCCAUUGCUGCGAAAUCAGCAGUGGUGUAUGAGUUUGCUGAAUUGAAGCUCGGACAACUCAUUCCACCACCUACGAGUAGUAGUCGAUCGAGUGAGUUGGCGGUGGAUGCAUCACUCUUAACGAAUGAGGCGAUUGUGUCGUUAUGCGAGGAAGCGAUGGUCUUGUACCUCAAAUCACUCGCACUGCAACAAAUGAUUAUCGAUACGGUGCAACGAUUCAUGUCAAGCGAGAACUUCCCCGGUGCAGGCCCAAAACUCACGGCUGUGGUGAGUUGGACGCGUGAACGGUAUAAUGAAGUCUUGGAGAAGGCAGAAUACUUGGAACGUAAGAAACGUACCACGUUGCAGCUCGCGAGACCGGAUCAUCCAUUCGAGGAUAUCUCUGCUGAACGGCUCUUGUAUGAUCGAGCAUUGGAGCUGAGUCGUGGUGCAGCUGUGUGUGAGAUGGCUGGAGAGGAUCUCGGUCAGUGUGAGGGGGAUUAUGAGAUGAGCGUAUUGAUGCUUGAAGCGAUCCUCGAAACGGGCAGUAGUGGUGUGCAAGAAGGUGGGAUGGAGCAAGAUGAUCGAGAAGCCAUUGAGAGAUGGGUCGGGUUGACGAGGAAGCGGCUGGAUAUGCUUCGUCGAAAGCUGGAUGCCCUUGGGAAUGGUGCGCCUGCGGGCUAAGGUGCACACCAUGAAGUGACGAUGAGAGUAUAUCAGCGUUUUGUUUUUUUCUCCCCUUUUUUUGGUUAUCAUCUCUUUAGCACAGGGCGAACACUUGCACAUU